CUCUCUCUAUCUUUCUCUAUCUCUCAUCAGAUCUGCAGGAUUAAUUGGAGAAGUUGCUUAUUUCCACGGGGCUAAUUUGGAGGCCAUCUUACACCUACAGAGUGUUGCUGUGUGACACCUGUGAUCUACCUGUUUAUCUACACUUCCAUCUGAAGCAGCAGCUUCUCCUCAGGAUGAAGGACCGACUGGCACAGCUGAAGGAGAAAAGUGAUGCUGGAGGUGAUGACAUCGAGGUUCCUGUGGAGAACGAGGCUUUUAUGGAUGACUUCUUUGCUCAGAUCGAAGAUAUUCGCAUCAGCAUUGACAAGAUCGACGAGAGCGUCACAGAAAUCAAAAAGCUCUACUCCACCAUCUUGUCGGCGCCUACGUCUGACCAGAAAAUACAAGAUGAUGUUGAAGCUCUCACCAAUGAGAUCAAGAAGUCGGCCAACAACGCCAGAAACAAACUCAAGAGUAUUGAGCGCCAGCUUGAGUCAAACACAGACGAGAGGGCCUCAGCUGACCUCAGGAUACGCAAGUCACAGCAUGCAAUCCUCGCCAAGAAGUUUGUGGAGGUGAUGACAAAGUACAACGAGGCUCAAGUCGACUUCAGAGACAAGAGCAAAGGACGAAUCGCCCGACAGCUGGAGAUCACGGGGAAGACAACAACUGACGAGGAACUGGAAGAGAUGCUGGAGGGAGGCAACACAGCUGUCUUCACUGCCGGGAUUACAGAGUCUAAGAUCAACCAGCAGGCCCUGAAUGAGAUUGAGGCUCGUCACAAAGACAUCAUGAGGCUGGAAAGCAGCAUCAAAGAGCUCCAUGACAUGUUUGUGGACAUCGCCAUGUUGGUGGAGAACCAGGGUGGCAUGAUUGACAGGAUCGAGAGUAACAUGGACCAGUCAGUAGGAUUUGUAGAGAGGGCGGUGGCUGACACCAAGAAAGCAGCCAAAUACCAGCAGGAGGCACGCAGGAAACAAAUGAUGAUCUUCUGCUGCUGUGUGAUUUUGGCCCUGGUCCUUGGGUCAUUUGUCUACAGCUUCAUCAAAUAGAGAUGCUGCAGGAGGCCGCCCACCAGCUGAGUCCACAGUAGAGGAUGAGUCAGAGCCUGGGCUCAGUUCACUGUCAGUACAACUCAUUUACAGUAGAAAUAGAGGUUCCACAUGUUUGCAUUCAGACUCAGUUAUUGCUGUACCUUUAUCAGGGUGCUCCACAUUAAUAUUCAGUCUCAGUGCUGUCUGUGGCUAAUUAGUUAUGUCAAAAUGGAACUGAGCUUUCAAGCAGUGGUUCCCAACCUGUGGGUCAGGGCUGCAAAGGUAUUGCAAGUGGGGCGACAAAUUGUUUGAAAGUAAUUAUCUUUCAAAAAUAUGUUGAAAAACUUAAAGCCAAUGAUAGGAACUCUUAUGUUGUUGUCUGCCAGACCAUAUCGUAUACUUGUUUGUAUCUGGGUCUGAUGCAAUCCUGAAAGUUAUCAUUAAAAUAAAAAGUGCUCUGAGAACAUAUUAUUUGGCUACUGUAUUGUUAUGGGGUCAGAUAAGGGCCACCAACAUUGUUGAGAUUUUUAAGUGGGCCAAGAGUUGGAAAAGGUUGGAAACACUGCUUUAGAGAAUUUCCACAAACCAUGCUGCUGAAUGGUCUUAGAAGAGAUUUAUUCGCCUCAUACAGUCAGCAUUCAUGGAAAGCUGCAGAACUCAUAUGAUGGGUCAUAUGAUGUUAGCAGGAAAUAAAAGUAUUAGAGACACUUUUAAAUGUGGUGCAAAUACACUGUGUCAGAAUGACUGCAGGGGAACCGACAGACUAGUCCCAACAAAAACCUUGAACAUUAUAGGCUUCAGAAAUGUGAGAUGUACAGUAGAGCUGUUGUAGUGGAUUGGUUAGGUCAGUUAGCUGCUGAAGUGAAAAAUCAGUGUGUCUCCUUUAGAAACUGGUCAGAGAAAAUGCUCCACAACCAACAGGCGUCAUUUGAAUGAGAAACACGUCUUUCGUCUGUGGCUCUGACCUCAUUAUGAUUACUGCUGCAGUGUUUAUGAACCUGAGAGGUGUUAGGUGCAGGAUCUGUCGUUAACGCUGGUGCACAUGUGUAGGACUUUUCAGGAGUGUUGAUUUUAGCCAAAUAGUUUAGUUGAUGAGCUAAAUCUGCAGAGGGAAAAAAGAGAGAAACUGAACCAGAUGGUGGCAGUAGAUGAAAGGUGACAGGGUCUAUUGGCAGUUUGUUGUUUGCCAGCAGGAUGUCUUGUUUGUUUUUAUUUACCCCUUUUACAUAUGAAAAACUGUCCUCAUGUGUAGGCUCUGUUUGUAUCCCAGUCUCCAUUUCACUUCCAACACUGUUGAAGCUGAAAGAAUUCCGCAGGUGAACUUGUAUCUCACAUGAUUCAAGUGGUGAAGGAUCUGUUCUCACAUUAGGAAGGUUGUUAAAUCCAAGAAACAAGUGAAAUGUGUUGUCAGUGAGUCCAGAGUGAAUAGCAAUGGCUGUUGGCAUGUGAGUGAACUGAAAGCUCAACCCUUUAGCGGGAGUAUGUCACAAUGUCUGUCAUCAUGAUGCAUCUUUAUGAAGUCAGUAUCGUAAGUAUUGAGACAGCUGUCAUUAUGUUUUUGUACUUGUGUCUAUUUGUGUUGUGAUGUCCUACUGUGCCAAUACUUAUGCUAUCGACUGCAUCUAACGAUACAAUUCAUAUCAUGUUGUGGAUAAGCACAUGCUGUGACUGCUGUGUCAAAUCAUGUUUCAAUUUAAUGAAAGGAGGAAGCCACUUUCCUUCAAGAAUCACAGAUUGGGAUGUUGAACUGAUUAACAAAUUAUUGAUAGCAGAUCCUGUAUGACCUGAGAAUAGAAGUAAAUUCUGUAGGUGUCAUGUAAGAAAAAUGGAAAUAAACACAUCCCUGCUUUAUUUGAUUACACUGACUACACUGCCUUGGAGGUGUUUUACUGCUUCAGGUCUUAAUUACUUGUGUAUUUAUUACAACAAUCGCUUUCAUUUUUAAUAUUUUUUUUAAAGGACUACAGCUGUAUUUCCAAAGAGGCCCCUCUUGUUUCAUGCCAUGGCUUGACUUUGGUUGGUCUUUGACAUUUGCAUCCUUCCUCUCACAUGCAGGCAGCUACACUGACACCUCAGCUCACUCUUGCAGUGACAGACCACUCUUGUAAUCCAGAUUCACAUUUUAUCUUCUGCAGUUUUAGCCUCAGUGUCCACAGGUUUGAAAUGAGCAUCAGUCUACCACUCAGUGUUGGCAGCAUUUAAAUGGAUAAAAUGUGUGUCCCAAAAAUAAGAUAACGUAAUAUCUUUCCACCUACAACCUGGGUUGCUGGAUCAGCAGUGGGUGUCCACAUGACAGUAGCAGGAGGACUGCACUGCCAGCUCUCCCUCUUAGAAUGAUUCAAACACUCGGCCUGAAAUGUGCAUUGACGAGGACAUGUUGUAAAUUGGGUGGGACAACUGGUCAACCAUGGUUCAAUCAGAGAGGCCACUUGUUAGUUUGUGUGACACUUGGUGGAAAUUACAUGUAGAGUGACUGUGUGUGUCCUUCUCUUCCUGCUUACAUUCAAGGCCAGUCACUUUGUAGCAGUUUAUAAGGGAAUGUAUUCCGUUGUAAAAUAACGUCUUUUGUAGCUCUGUCCCACUGACGGAAAAUAAAA